ACACCACUGGACUUGGAUUGGUCAGAAGGAAGCAGAGGAGGAGCCACUCUGAACAGCUUUUUUUUUUUUUUCCUUCACACACCAUAAAAAUCAGCAGCAGCUACUAACACUCAAAGCGAAGCUUCAGGUUGGGAACCGACACCCCUGAGAGGCAGCUGAUGUGAGAAUGUGCACACAGGUUCGUCUCCCAAUAGCACAGCCGCCACUAAGAAAAUUAUUUUGAAAAGACCUGAAUGCAUGAGACUAAAGUUAAAGUGAAGGUGAGAACAGAAAGCGCAAACAGCAGACUGGACUGUGAAUGAGCAGCCUGAAGCCUAAGAUUUCAAAGUGAUGGUGAUCAGAGUGGUACCUGAAAGAGACUGAAAACUCCAUUUCAAGCUUUGGAGCACGUGACUUUUAUUCACAGCAGGCAUGCCAGUUUCAGCCUCACCACUUUCAGACAGAUAAAGACCUGGGGGAAAUCACUGACGCUCCCUGACCCAGGAGGUUCGAGCCAUUCACUGGGGACCUGAAUCCACUUGGCGCAGGAUGAACUCUACCCAUCGCCAUGGAAUGCACACUUCCCUCCACUUUUGGAACCGCAGCACCUACGGACUGCACAGCAAUGCCAGUGAGUCCCUGGGCAAAGGCUACUCUGAUGGAGGGUGCUACGAGCAACUUUUUGUCUCUCCGGAGGUGUUUGUGACUCUGGGUGUCAUAAGCUUGUUGGAGAAUAUUCUGGUGAUUGUGGCAAUAGCCAAGAACAAGAAUCUGCACUCACCCAUGUACUUUUUCAUCUGCAGCCUGGCCGUGGCUGAUAUGUUGGUGAGUGUUUCCAAUGGGUCAGAGACCAUUGUCAUCACCCUACUGAACAGCACAGACACGGACACACAAAGCUUCACAGUGAAUAUUGAUAAUGUCAUUGACUCGGUGAUCUGUAGCUCCUUGCUUGCAUCAAUCUGCAGCCUGCUUUCGAUUGCAGUGGACAGGUACUUUACUAUCUUUUACGCUCUCCAGUAUCACAACAUAAUGACGGUUAAGCGGGUUGGGAUCAUCAUCAGCUGCAUCUGGGCAGCGUGCACGGUGUCGGGUGUUCUGUUCAUCAUUUACUCAGACAGCAGUGCUGUCAUCAUCUGCCUCAUCACCAUGUUCUUCACCAUGCUGGCUCUCAUGGCUUCCCUCUAUGUCCACAUGUUCCUCAUGGCCAGACUUCACAUUAAGAGGAUCGCUGUCCUCCCCGGCACUGGCACCGUCCGCCAAGGUGCCAACAUGAAGGGGGCGAUUACCUUGACCAUACUGAUUGGGGUCUUUGUUGUCUGCUGGGCCCCCUUCUUCCUGCAUUUAAUAUUCUACAUCUCCUGUCCCCAGAAUCCAUACUGUGUGUGCUUCAUGUCUCACUUUAACUUGUAUCUCAUUCUGAUCAUGUGCAAUUCCAUCAUCGAUCCUCUAAUCUAUGCACUCCGGAGCCAAGAACUGAGGAAAACCUUCAAAGAGAUCAUCUGCUGCUAUCCCCUAGGUGGCCUGUGUGAUCUGUCUGGCAGAUAUUAAACGGGGACAGUGGAGAUGCUAAAAACACGCUAAGAGACUUUCAUUCUUGUACAAUCUGAACAGUGUGCUUCUGCAACAGCUUUUUCUUCUGUGUAAGGCACCGGCUGAGAAACUCUAUUGUGCAAAUUUAAGUCUAUAAUUUUUGAUGUGAAAAAAAUGCCCGGUCUCGGUGUAUAUUUAAUGUCAUGCUACUUUCUGACUGUAAAAUGUUAAUCUAUUUUACCGGCUGUAGGCACUCUGGAUUUAUAAAAAAGAAAGAAGUCCUUAUGAAAAGUUUAACACUGUUUCUUUCUUGUUAUUCAUAAGGAUUUGACACUUUGCUUGUUUUAGGAACAUGGAAAUCACAGCUUCAUUAAAUAUAUCAAAUGAAUGGUUUCUUAUAUUACACUCCACAACACUGAAGUAUAGAGACUCAAUUCUAGCAUUUAGGGGAGAAAUACUAAAGGUCAGAUGCUUAAUCAUUUUUUUUUAAAGCUGAAAUUUCAAGUCAUUUAAUAAAAUUUGUCCUUUCUCUUUGUGCAGAAGUAGAAAUGAAGCUUCUAUUGGGAGCUGUUAAAAGAGUUACUAAAUGGGGGCGGGGGUACUAUUUUGAGUCAGAAAACUAUCUAUGUUUCCACAGAGACAGAGAUUAAUUUGCCCAAGCACGCAGGCUGAUGUGCCACGCAGGCAACCCAGCCUGGGAGAGAACACAGCAGCCAUGGGGAUUAACGU